AUGGCUGUGGUUCUUUCUUCCGAGGAUAGCGAUAUGUUCUCUUCCUCGGCUCUAAGGAGAUCUCAUUCUCAAUCAAAAUUCAUGUCCAAACCGACCCAGGGCUUUCACACACCAGCAUCCACGCCCAAGAUCAACGAACCGUUCGACGAAUCCUACCACGAAGCGUACCAUCGCCAUCCUACUCAUAUCGUGCCCAAUCCUAGCCCAUCCUCCGCCCCUUCGUCUCCUCGUACGCUCCAACCCGAAUCUGUUGAUCCGUCAUAUUCCUCUACACCAGCUACCAACUUGUCCCUAGACGGACAAUGCGAAGACGAUAUUCAUAUUCGCCCCGAAGACAUAUUCGUACCAGAGUUCGAUCAUAAUCCCUAUUUUGGGCCAAUCGAAGAUUUGGAGCCUCCCCCAAGUCCCCGAACCGGCGAUUCGUAUACCGUAUCACCAACCGAUCCUGACACAUCAGUAACAACCUCACGUCCUGGAUCGCCAGAUGCACUAGACCGUGCCGAAGACGAUACCGCCGUCGAGCAUCACCCUACACAACAUGUUGACUACUUGUCACACGAUUGGCGGGAAGAGGACAUUUGGUCUUCUUGGCGGUAUAUAGUCUCCAAGAGACGAGAAUACAGCAACGGACCACGACUUGAGAAUGCUUCCUGGAGAACCUGGAUGAAAGCCAAGUACAAAUUAAAAACCGUUACUCCGGAGACCCUUAAUUGGCUUAAGGAUUGCGAUGUCACUUGGUUGUAUGGACCUCUACAGACUCGACAGGGGGAGCUUUUUUCCAACGAUGCUGAAAAUGGAAAUCCAGCACUCUCGAGGUGCAACUCUUUUGUCAGCAAGAAGCCCAUUCUCAAGAAGCGAAGUAUGUCUGAGAUCAUGCUCCAGCGAUCUCUCUCCUCUUCGUCUCUGUUAAAACAGGCCACGGCUGUGGUCCAGGCUCAGCAGAAUGACAAUGCUGUUCAUGUCGCUCGACCGAUAUUACACCGAGCCACAACAGAUUAUGUUACUUUCCCAUUCUCCUCUCGAAGGAGUCCGCAUAACACGAGUAUUCUAACUUCUACGGCCACCUCCGGUCUUGUUUCACCUUCCUCGGAACGAAAGCAUAUUCACUUUGACGAGCAGGUAAAACAAUGCAUCGCGGUUGAUGUCAAGGGGGAUGACGAAGAAGAUGAAGUAGACCAUUGCCGUUGGAGAUUUGACGACAGCGACUCCGACGAUGGUGCAAUAAUGAUGAAGAGAACCAAAACAUCAAAGAAGCCUGUUAUUCCACGCAGAAGAUCCCCGGUACACACGCCCAACGAGAGCAAGACUAUCGCCAUGUUACCUUCGACAACAUUGAAGUAUAGGGAAGAUUCUCCCAACCCAGAAACCGCGAUAAAGCACAGUACUAGCGGCUUAAGGAGUCCACUCCUGUCACCAUCUUCCUCGCAAGAGACAUUGAGGCCUUCCAGAGCCUCAGGCCCAUUCUAUGUGGGUGACGAUGAUGGAAAUGAACUAGACGAGGAAACUAAUUCAACCCCAAUGUCUAGCCCUAUUGAAGCGACAUCACCCUUCAAACAGCCUAAUCCCUCACGUUCGACUCCCACUAGUAGUCUCACAUCUGAGCCGGCUGGCAUGCGUCGGACAGCGAGUGGCAUGUUCAUGCCAUUCGAUGACGGUGAUGUCCAGCCUAAUGAUGGCAUCAUCGGUAGAGUGAUAGAUACGGUCAAUACCGCCCGUGACAUCGCUCAUGUCAUAUGGAACGUGGGAUGGAGAAGAUGA